GUACGAUUUCCUCCCUUGCCGAGACUUCUAUGACCCUCCUUUGACUAUAGACAUCCUGAGAUAGUCGCUACUAUCAUCCUUUCUUCGGUUUAUACCAGAUUCCUCUUCUUUAUACCAUCCUUCGUUGCGUAUUCGCUCAAAAUGGUUGACGCAGGCCUUCCAGCGGGCUGGGAAGUCCGUCACUCCAAUUCCAAAAACCUGCCGUACUACUUCAAUGCUUUGACGAAAGAGUCGCGCUGGGAACCCCCGGCCGACACCGACACUGAGAAGCUAAAAAUCUACAUGGCCACGCACCACAGCGCCCCUGCUGCCAACGCAUACAGUGCUGGCCACGGAGAGGGCAAGAUACGAGCAAGCCAUCUGCUCAUCAAGCACAGAGACAGCAGACGGCCCAGUAGCUGGCGGGAGGCAGAGAUUACAAGGUCCAAGGAGGAGGCAUAUGAGAUCCUGCGUGCCCAUGAGAAGCGUAUCCAGUCGGGCGAGGCUAGUCUGGGGGACAUCGCUGUUUCCGAAUCGGACUGCAGUAGUGCUAGGAAGAAGGGUGACCUCGGUUUCUUCGGACGAGGUGAGAUGCAGAAAGAGUUUGAAGAUGCCGCAUUUGCUCUUCAGCCGGGCCAGGUGAGCGGCAUCGUGGAGACUGCAUCUGGUCUUCACCUGAUUGAGCGAGUUCAGUAGAGACAGCAUAUAAGUCCUUUUCGGUGUAUUUAGUGAUGUGACAUGAAAAAAUCAAUAUGUCCAGCUGGCAAUUGAUCCGCAUCUGCAAUCAUGAAGAGCUAUCUUUUCCUAUGACUUUCGAUCGAAAUAUUAAUAUACAUACUUUCUCAUGUUCUCUCUCUGUAGGGUUCGACGUUGCAAUGUAUACUUAUCAAGAAGCCAACGAGCUAUUCUCAUUUUUAUACGGCACU